AUGUUGACAGUAACCUGCUGCGGAUCCUCCUGCUGCGGUUCCUCCUGCUGCGUUUCCUCCUGCUUUGGUUCCUCCUGCUGCGGAUCCUCCUGCUGCGGAUCGUCCUGCUGCGGUUCCUCCUGCUGCGGUUCCUCCUGCUGCGGUUCCUCCUGCUGCGGAUCCUCCUGCUGCGGAUCGUCCUGCUGCGGAUCCUCCAGCUGUGGCUCCUCCCGCUGCGGUUCCUCCCGCUGCGGUUCCUCCCGCUGCGGUUCCUCCCGCUGCGGUUCCUCCUGCUGCGGAUCCUCCUGCUGUGGCUCCUCCUGCUGCAGUUCGUCCUGCUGCGGUUCCUCCUGCUGCGGUUCCUCCUGCUGCAGUUCGUCCUGCUCCGGUUCCUCCUGCUGCGGUUCCUCCUGCUGCAGUUCGUCCUGCUGCAUUUCCUCCUGCUGCGGUUCCUCCUGCUGCGGUUUCUCCUGCUGCGGUUCCUCCUGCUGCGGAUCCUCCUGCUGCGGUUCCUCCUGCUGCGGUUCCUCCUGCUGCGGUUCCUCCUGCUGCGGUUCCUCCUGCUGCGUAUCCUCCUGCUGCGGUUCCUCCUGCUGCGGAUCCUCCUGCUGCGGAUCCUCCUGCUGCGGUUCCUCCUGCUGCGUUUCCUCCUGCUGCGGAUCCUCCUGCUACGGCUCCUCCUGCUGCGGUUCCUCCUGCUGCGGUUCCUCCUGCUGCGGUUCCUCCUGCUGCGGUUUCCUCCUGCUGCGGAUCCUCCUGCUGUGGCUCCUCCUGCUGCGGUUCCUCCUGCUGCGGUUCCUCCUGCUGCGGCUCCUCCUGCUGCGGUUCCUCCUGCUGCGGCUCCUCCUGCUGCGGGUCCUCCUGCUGCGGUUCCUCCUGCUGUCACUGAGCUCUGAGCCUGUCUGA